AUGGAGGUCUCCAAGGCCGUGGUUGGUGUCCUGUUUGCGAGCAUCCCUCGUCUGUGUCGCACCGGUGGCACCAAGGACUGCUCGUUGCAGUUGCACUUGGUUGAUACAGCUGCUGAAGAAAGCAAUUCCAUUUCCCUUUUCUUGUACUCUGGUGAAUGCUCAGCCGAAAUAACAGCUUUGCUUUCCCUUUAUGGUGGACAGUUCAGCGGUGAGCAGGAAAUUCAUGUCAAUUCUCCAUUUUGGAUUCUCAGUAUUCUUUCAGAAGAGAUGGCAAGGGGACUAAUGAAACGGACAGUAUGUGCAAAGUCUAUAUUUGAACUGUGGGGUCAUGGAAGAUCUGCGGAGGAGCUCUAUGCAUCUUUGAAGAACUAUCCAGUGGACAAGAUGCUUCCAUAUCUACAGUCAGACUCUACUUACAAAGUACAUAUUCAUACAUUUAAUAAAACACUGACCCAAGCACAGAAAAUAAAGAAGAUAGAUGCCCUUGAAUUUUUACCAUUCAAAGGAAAAGUAAAUUUAAAGAAUCCAGAACACAUCUUCUGGAUUUUGGAAGAUUAUGGAACGGAUCCUAAUAAUGUUCCAGAAGAGCCCUUUCAUCUUUAUUUUGGUAGAUGGAUUGCAGAUGGCCAAAGAGAACUUAUUGAGUCCUACAGUGUAAAAAGGAGACACUUUAUUGGAAAUACGAGCAUGGAUGCCUGCCUGUCUUUCAUUAUGGCAAACCAUGGGAGAGUAAAACCCAAUGAUGUUGUCUAUGAUCCAUUUGUUGGAACAGGUGGCCUUCUAAUCUCCUCAGCACACUUUGGAGCAUAUGUGUGUGGUACUGAUAUAGAUUACAACACAAUCCAUGGAUUAGGCAAGGCAAGCAGAAAGAACCAGAAAUGGAGAGGGCCAGAUGAAAAUAUCAGAGCUAAUCUCCGACAGUAUGGUUUAGAGAAAUACUACCUUGAUGCACUAGUUUCUGAUUCUUCAAGACCAAUAUGGCGAAAAGGGAUGCUGUUUGAUGCAAUCAUUACAGAUCCACCAUAUGGUAUCAGAGAAGCUACUCGCAGAAUGGGUUCACAAAAGGAAACAGUUAAGUCAGCUGAAAGAAGCACAGAAAAUCACAUCUUCGUUUCAUCCAGUUACCAUCUAAGUGACAUCUUUUUUGACCUAUUGAAGUUUGCGGCAGAAUAUCUGGUGAUGGGAGGAAGAUUAGUUUACUGGCUGCCAAUAUACAGGCCUGAAUACACAGAAGAGAUCAUUCCCCGCCACCCGUGCCUGAAACUUAUUAGCAACUGUGAGCAGAUGCUUUCCAGCCACACAUCAAGGCGCCUGAUAACCAUGGAAAAGGUGAAAGAAUUCAAGGAUCAAGAUCAGAAUUCUUACUUGUUGGAUGGUCAAUAUAUGCCAUACAGGGGACACAAUUCAUUCCGUGAAAAGUAUUUCAGUGGUGUGACAAAGAGGAUUGCCAAGGAAGAAAAAGACAAUCAGAAGUAAAAUAUAAUAUAAACAGAUUAAAAAAUGAGGAAAGAAUGAAGAUUGUGUUUCUUUGUAAGGACAUCUGGAUAUGAACACUCAUUUGGAUGCCUCAGAAAAAUAAAUACUGCUUUUAAUUUUAAAACAAGAUGAAACCCACAACACAGGUUGAAGGCAGUUCUUUUUAAUUAGCUUUGUUUAUAGUGGAUUUUAUUGUACAAGUUUUUUGAGUCUUAUUUAAUUUAUAUUUGUACUUUCAAGUACUAAUGAUGAUUGACUAAAACCAUUAUUAUUGUUCUUUCACUGUUAACGUUUACAAGAACGUAGUAGUAUUAUUUGGCUUCUUAAACUGUGAACAUCUGGCUGUUUUAGAAACACGUGGUGGUGAUCAAGGAUUGCUUAUUAAGAUCAUUUUCAUUUGUUUUCUUUUUUUGUAAAUGGUAUACAAUAAACCA